AAGCCCAAAGGACAAAAGAAAACUCGACAGUCGUAUUUCCCCCUUGAACCUAUGAUCAUACCUAGGUACCUAGUAAAUCCUGUCGGCUUAUAAAUACGGAGGCAGGGAGGUUGUAAAGACAGCUCGGGCCGAAAUUAACAUAUCACUGACCCGUGUAUCGACACUAUCAAUUUUACCCUUGUAAGCCAGGGCCUUCAUCCCACGUAAUUUGGUGUUAACCCCGAAUGCAACGGAUUAUUGGACCAAUAGCUUGCCUAUAACAAGAACAUCACCCUGCAUAAUACUACCUUACGUGCACUAACAAUGCGGAACGGGAUCCGGGUCGGGAUGGAUGCGUCGGUAACCAAAAGGCUCGGGUUCUCUUUUUUCAUCUAUCCACCUAGAGCCUCAGUGUUGAUAGAAGGGUAGGUAGCUUGCAACCGUUGAUAAACAAAAGGGACGGAUGAUCUGGCUCAAGACGUAGAGAUGGGCCCUAAGGAGUCAUCGUCUGCGGUGAUGAGUGAUAUCGGCGAGACUAAGGACCAGUUUCAAGCCCCUCGGUCGUCGUUCUGGGUCGGGUUGUCUAGCCAUGGUGUCGAAAUGCGCGGUGCCGAACCUGUGCCGGUUGAGAAGCGAACUGACACCCGCUAUGUGAACGUAUUAACCAUAUUCGCUACGUCGAUGACGAGCUUGUUACCGAUCGGUAUCGGGUCAGCGACAACACUCGGUUUCGGGAUGACAUUGCGCGACGCGGCGUUAAUGAUCGUGUUCCUCCAAUUUCUAUUCGCCGUCCCAGCCGCAUACAUCAUCACCAUUGCACCGCUUACUGGGAUGCGGCAGAUGAUCCAAUCGCGGUAUUGUUUUGGAAAAUACUGCAACGUUCUAACAUCCGUUGUCGUGACACUUACUGUCGGCGGCUUCGCCGUGACCGGUAGCAUUAAUGGUGCGCAAUGCCUCGCCGCCGUCCGGCCAGGUACGUUACCUGUCGAGGCCGCGAUCGCCAUCAUUAUGGUCAUAUCGCUGGCCAUCGGCUUUAUGGGAUAUCGUGUAAUGCACUUCUUUACUCGGUGGGCCUGGAUCCCGACACUCGUCGCUAUUAUUAUUCUCGUCGGCGCCGCGGGUGACCAGCUUUGGCAGCAGACGCCGCCGCCAACGCGUACCACUGCCCAGGAGUACAUGGGCAUCGUGGCUUUUGCGGCCGGCAACAUGAUUACCUGGAGCAAUGUUGCGGGCGACUACGCAUGUUAUAUGCCACCGACCGCACCGCGGUUCCGUCUUGCUCUAUAUUGUCUAUUCGGCAUCGCAUUACCGUUCUCGCUUCUUAUGGUCCUUGGCGCGGCGAUCGGUGGCGCUGUCUUCACUAUCCCUUCUUGGGAAGCUGCGUAUAAAGCUGGUGGAAUCGGCGCCGUGAUUGGGAGCAUACUGAUUACUCGACUGGGAGACUUUGGCCGAUUCGUCCUUGUUAUCCUAGGUCUUUCUGUCCUCGGAACUUGCGGUCGCGACGUAUAUACUAUCUCCUUCAACCUGACUGCUGUAGCGCCGAUCCUCCGUCGAGUCCCUCGUAUCGUGUUAGCUGUCGUUGCUACCGCAGUCAUUAUCGCAGUAGCGAUCCCUGCUUCAAGAUCGUUCGUCACGUCGGUGACGGCGUUCCUUAGCAUAAUCGGUUAUUACGCAGGGGCAUCAGUAACGUGCUUCUUGACCGAGUACCUGUGGUUCCGAAAGAAUGACCCUAGUAGCUUUGACCCAAAGAUUUGGAACGACGGUCGUGCGCUGCCGACGGGUCUAAGUGCGUUGGCAUCUGUCUUGAUCGCCUGGGCGUUCAUAAUCCCAUCUAUGCAGGCGGAUUGGUACACCGGACCUAUCGCAAAGAAGACCGGAGAUCUCGGUUUUGAAUUUGCUGUCGUCGUAGCAUUUUUAGCCUAUCUCCUCAUCAGAUCGCUAGAGAUUAAGAUCCGAGGGCGACUUUGAUAUUACGAUUCAGUGUAAGAAUUUUAAUUUUUGGGAUUCACUUAGGCUACUUGAAUAAUUAUAUCCUCUCA